CCUGUGUGGAUUUCGAGACCAACGUAGUUCCUUUCGGAAGAAGUUUACAGAAACACUCAGUCGCUUCGGGUAUAGCAGCCGAAGAGUUCUAGACGUCAUCGAUAAUAUCCCCUGUUCGUCCAGGAAGAUACACACAUUAAAAAAAAAAAAUAAACAACCAUGGUGAAAACAGAAUCUCCUGCAACAGCAAUGUCUGGGUCGCCGGGAUCAACAAACACCGACAAUUUCGGCACUCCUCCAAAGGAAGGAAGUGAUUCCCAAUCUCAAGUGGAUGAAUCUACACCUUCAGAUAGCGAAACCACCAAACAGAAACCCAGACGAAGGAAAAAGAAAGUGGAAAUCGCCUGUGUUUAUUGUCGUCGGUCCCACAUGAUUUGCGACGAAUCUAGACCCUGUCAACGAUGUAUUAAGCGUGGCAUUGGCCAUCUAUGCUACGACGAACCCUCAAAUAUGAGACAACGCAAGAAAGCUGCCACGUUGAGGAAAACCAAGAGUGAAGGGUCAAGUGUUCCUUUGCAGGCUGUGCCUCCUGCCCCAACAAUGUCUAUUCAACUGGACAUAAGGAACCAGAACAUCCCUGUGCAAGAGACACAGCCCCAACAACUUCCGCUACCCCAUUAUCGUCCUCAACCUAAAUCCUUGCAGAAAUCAGUGCUAUCUCAAACAUUACCUUAUAACCAAGAACCUUUCUUCUACUCGGAACAUGCCGGCAGUGAAUUCAGUUCGUUGAACGACUUUUUGUCCAUGAUUGAUGAUCCUGAGUUGGUACACGGUGCCCUCACCGAUGACCCCAAUGCUAUGUUAAACUUUGGUGUCGAUCAAGUGCAACCACAACAGCAAUUCCCGCCUGGUGAUGGCAAGACUAACAGUACUACUAAUUUACUGAGCAUAUUUGCCAUGUCUCCUAAUGCCAAUUUGUUCCCUGCCACGUUUGGACAACCUGAAAUUUUGCAACAACAAUCACAGCCACAACCGCAACAACCCCAACAGUUGCCAGCGCAACAAAGACAACAAACACAACCAACACAACCAUCUCAACCUACUCAGCAACCACAACAACAGUCACAACAACAAUCACAGCAAAACUUUAACCAAGAAUCCCAUCAACCUGUAAUUUCCGAUUCAGCAAGAGACAAAUUUUUCCUUACUGCUGCCGAUCCUACCACGGAAAUCUCCCCUGAAGAAAGAUUGAAACAAGUCAUCAAGGCUAAGUUAGAAGCUGGGUUAUUACAACCAUAUAAUUAUGCAAAAGGGUACGCUCGAUUACAAAGUUAUAUGGACAAUUAUAUGAAUAUCACUAGUCGACAACGUAUUCUUAAACCGUUGUCGAUUUUCCGUCCCGCAUUCAGAGCCAUUGCACGGACAUUAAAGGAUGUUGAUUUGGUUCUUGUUGAAGAAAGUUUUGAAAGAAUGUUGCUUGAUUAUGAUAGAGUGUUUACAUCCAUGGCUAUCCCUGCUUGUUUAUGGAGACGUACCGGUGAGAUUUAUCGUGGUAACAAGGAGUUUGCUUCACUUGUCGGGGUCACCGUGGAUGAUUUAAAGGAUGGUAAGUUGGCGAUUUACGAGUUAAUGAGUGAAGAAAGUGCAGUUAAUUUCUGGGAGAAGUACGGUGCUAUUGCUUUUGACAAGGGACAAAAAGCGGUGUUGACCAGUUGUAAUUUAAGAACGAAAGACGGUAUAAAGAGGAAAAGUUGUUGUUUUAGUUUCACUAUCCGAAGAGAUCGGUAUAAUAUUCCCAGUUGUAUAGUGGGAAACUUCAUCCCCAUUGAUCCAAACUAAUUUUGUAUUAUUAAUAAAAUAUUUAUUUUACUUACUCUUCUUCUUCUUCUUCCGAAUCUUCUUCUUCAGAAUCUACAUCAAUUUCUAUAUCAUCGUCUUGUUCAUCCUUCUUCUUUUGUUCAGCCUUGGCUUUUUCUUCUUCUUCCAAGGCUUCCUUCAAUAUUCUCAUCUUUUCAUCCUUGGUUUGUCUUUGGACAAUCACAUAUUGCCCUAAUGGGGUCUUUUCCCAAUCAAAAUCAUUCAAGAACAAUUGCACUUCGGUCUUGUUAGAUGGCCCGUAUUCAACAUUGGAUCUUUUACCAGUUAUGAAAGUAGCAUUGGCGUUCAACUUUUCCACCAAUUGAUGCAAUUGUUUAUUGAAUCUAAUAUUCUUGGACUUCUUGGUGAAUCUUCUCAAUGACAAGAUAGCGGGAGUGACCAAUUCUGGGAAAGCAAUGGAUUUAGCAUACAACCCAAAAAAUUCACUGGUUAAUUCAAUAAAUUGCUCACAUAACCCAUCUUGGAACACUCUAGUACCCAAGUAUGCUUGGUUGGCUUUAAUAUUGUGGUCAAAGUCAAAUGCUUGUAAACUAGAACCCUUAGGAGCUUUAGUCAUGGCAGUGGAAGUCAAAAUUUCAGAAAUCAAUGGGAAAAUAGGAAUGUAAACCCCGGUAGAUUGUGAUAAUCUCAACAAAGAUCUAAUCAAAUAGAAUCUCAAUGGGAAGAAUUGGGCAGUUGGAAUCAACCUGAUAGCACCUAAAGUGACUUGAACCAAGGGGUAGAUCAAUUGUCUCAAAGGAGAUUCCUUAGAUUUAUGGUUUUGAAGUUCAAUUUCAGGAUUACAAUGUUGCGACAACACUCUUGACCAGAAAUCUAAUGAGUGACAGUAUUGCCAGUUGUAAAUGGUCUUGUAACCCUCCUUAGCAUUGGAAGUGGCAUUGAUACUGUUUCUCAAGUGAAUGGCCAACUGUCUGAUAUAUUCAAAUCCAACUUGAUAACUCAAGGUUUCAUCAAUUCCGUAUAAUUCACUAGCAGAAUUCUUGCAGAAGUUGAUUUGGGACAUACUGUGAAUAUUGGUCUUUCUGCAGUUUUGCAACAUACCAGAAUAUGACAAUUUCAAAAUGUUUUCCAACACAGAUUUAGGAUAUUCCUUGGCAACAUUGUUCAAGAACGCGAAUGUGGCAAUUUGGGUUUGGAUAUCUGGUGUGGUUGACCAUACAUCGACAACAGAACUGAGUAUUUCCUUUAAUAAUCUUCUGUAUGACAAGUAAUAUGGAAUCAAUUCAUAAAUGGAUGAUAAAACCAAAGCAGCAAUUUCAGUAUUAGUGAUAUCCUUCAACAAAGUGAUGAAAGAACCAGCAUGGGAUUUCAAAAUGGAGGAGAUUUGAGUAACAUUUUGAUUCUUUUGUGGAAGAGUUCUAACACCUUGACUGUUGGUCUUGUAUUUGACCAAUUUUUGAAUGGCAACUGGAACCUUUUUAAGAACAACGAACAUCAAUUCAGAAAAUGCAUUUGGAUCAGUGACUGAGUACUUGUAAUCUUCUUCGUCGGAGUUGUUGAUGUUGACAGCUGCUUUGAAAGCGAUAGUAAUAUUUC